GAGAUCAUUACUUUAUAUAUUACUUCCAUUAGAUUGCAUGAGCUAUGCCUUUAGAAAGUACAAUUGUUUGUGCCGUUCGAGGCUGCCAGAACAAUGGCCAAUCACUGAGGUCUUGGUUAGGUAGAGAGUGUUUUGAACAUCGGCCAAACCUAAAGGCAGAAUGCUCUUGUCCUCCUUUGUAUGAUUUUCAUAAACUGCCAAUGGGCGCUAUGGAGAGACAAAUGUGGCUGAGGGCUCUGCAUUUGAGCCAAGUGCCCCAAAAUGUGCAUGUCUGUUCUGUACAUUUCGCCGACAAGAGACCCACGGAUGCCCAUCCUUAUCCAGAGCUUAACUUGGGAGUCAUGAAGAAUCCAGAGGAUAACAUUCCAGCGGGGACUUUGUCGGGGAUACCAAAAGCUAGCGCUGUAACAGCUAAGAAAAAGAGGAAAGACCUAUCAAGGAAAGAGAGUGUGCAAGGAAAAUCCAUGGAAACGCCCACAACACCUUCAAGUGACUCAGGAUUGUCUGAGGAGCACAAGUGUGAGUUAUGUGGCACCUGCUUUGAGACGCGGCGAGGCCUCUCCAGCCACGCGCGGUGCCACCUGCGCCAGCUGGGCGUGUCGGUGUCGGACAGCAGCGGAGCGCCCAUCGAGCUGCUCUACCGCCUGAUCGAGGAGCGGGACGGCCAACUGCCCAAACCGGCUCCGCAGCCCAACCCCAUAAAGAGGCGCAAGGGGCUGCCCGCGGUCAAGAAGGAGGUGCAGGGGCCCGCGCUCAAGCUCAAGAUCUCCAACCUGGUCAGGAAGAAGUACAGCAUCUUCUCCCAGACGUCCCGCAAGACCUCCGCGGCCGCCACCUCCGCCGCCAUCGCCGGACGCCUCUCUCAGCCCCCGGCGCCCACCGCCACCUUGAGGAGGUUCGGCUCCUCGGCGUCCACCUCCUCCUCCCCCCUCACUCCGCUGCACGUGAAGGAGGCGAGGCCGAGCGCAGAGAGGAGCCCGUUGGCCACCUCCUCAGGCAAGCCCACGUGGGCCCCGCAAGACUCCGACGCCCCCCUCGACCUCAUGACCGUGGACCCAGCGGGUCGGGACGACGUGCACGUGUGCGAGCUGUGCGGCGCCUGGUUCGAGACGCGCAAAGGCCUCUCCAGCCACGCCCGCGCCCACCUGCGCACGUUCGGCAUCGACACGGCGGAGGCCAAGGGCGCCCCCAUCGACACCCUCCACAAGUUCAUGAUCAGCAAGGGCCUGAAGCCUGGCAGUGCCGGCGCGCAGCCCAGCGGCGUCAAGCAGGAGGAGUCCACGCUGGCCAUCUCGGCCAAGCGGCCCGCGCCACCCUCUCCGUCUCCCAGAGCAGGAGCUAAAGGCGCCGCCUCCUCCCCCUCACCAUCGGCCAAGCGUUUCAAAUCCUCCUCCUCAGAAGGGCUGCCCCUACUGGAGUCUCUGCAGAAAGAGGAUGAUGCAAAGAGUGAUGGCGAGUCGGCGCGGGACAUCGUGUGCGAGUUCUGCGGCGAGCUGUUCAUGCGCAGCCAGAGCCUGUCCAGCCACGCGCGCUCCCACCUGCGGCAGCUGGGCAUCACCGAGUGGAGCGUGCAGGGCUCGCCCAUGGCCACGCUGCGGGAGGUCAUGGCCCAGCGCGGCGUCAGCAGCAUCCUCAAGCUGCCCUCCAGCGCGCCCGCCUCGCACAGCCUGCCGUCGGCGCGCAGCCCGCUCAAGAUCCCCCCGCCGCCCGCCAGCCCGCUCCGCAUCCCCUCGGCCGCCGCCGCGCCGCUCAAGCUGCCCAAGGCCCGCAAGGGCUCCCGCUUCGUCAACAAGCCCAAGGACGAGCCCACCGAGGUGGACGUGAGCGAGGUGGUGGCCAUACCCGGGCCCUCCAGGAGCGGCACGCCUCAGUCCCCCUUCAGAAGUGACCUCGGCUCCGCCAACACUCAGUUAAUGAGGGCUCCCAAAACCGAACCGGACGUGAACCAGCCCGUGGAGUGCGACUACUGUAACGACACGUUCGACAGCCGCAAGGCGCUGUCCUGCCACGCCCGCGCCCACCUGCGGCAGCUGGGCGCCCGCUGGCCCGCCCAGGCCUCGCCCAUCGACGCCCUGCACGAGCUGAUGCAGCGCGAGGGCACCACGCGCGCCAGCAAGGUCAAGCGGGAGCCCAGCCCCGCCCCCAGCCCCGGCCGACGCCAGAGCGCCUCGCCUGUGGCCUUCACUCCGCCCCCGGGGGAGCCCGCCGCCAAGGGGGCCAAGGCCUCGUCCGAAGAUGCCACGUGCGAGCUCUGUGGCUUUGACUUUGAGAACCGCAAGGCCCUGGCCAGCCACGCGCGCGCCCACCUGCGCCAGCAGGGCGUGGACUGGCGCCUCAACGGCUCGCCCAUCGAGACGCUCAGCGCCUGGAUGCAGAAGGAGCCGGGCAAGGUGGCCGAGCUGCACAAGCGCUACAUGAUGGGAGACCUGCCCCACAUCAGGAAGAGGAGCUCGUCCUCCCCCUGCCCCUCCAGCGACUCGGAGGCCCCUCACGGCGGCGGCGGCCACAGGGCGUCCUCGUUGCUGCGCUCGUCUCUGGGGCUGCCCCAGGGCUCGUCCCGCGCCUCAGGGAGCAGAGACAAGAGCCACGGCAGCCACAGCUCCGCAGGGGCCCACAGCGAGCUCAACGUGCGCCAGCCCAGAGAACCACACACCACGUUUAGACGCCCACCAAAGCAUCAAUCCCAUACAGAGAGUAGAGUCCGAGAGAACAAACCUCCCAAACCCUCGCGCUCUGGAAACGUCCCCUCACUGGUGCCGAGGCCACCGGACACUCCCCUGGUCAGACAGGUGGGGAAGGUCUACUCUCUCAAGUGCAGGUUCUGCGAUAAGGAGUUCCGCGGGCCACUGUCGGUGCAGGAGGACUGGGUGCGGCACCUCCAGGAGCACAUCCUCAACCUCAAGAAGGACGCCGCGGUCCCCACCAGCCCCCUGUCCCCGGCGACGCCCGCACCCCCCCUCCACCUCACGCCGCAGCCGGUCUGACGGCCCAGCAUGCACUGCAGCAGCCGAUGGCAGCCUGGUGCUCAUAUGCAGGAGAACACUUGAUCCACUUGAAAAACAUUCAAUGAUUUUAUUCACUCAAACUCUCUUGUUGUGACGCGAUGGAAGCCGGUAGAAGUGUUUGGAACACACCGCACUGCUUAUAAGAACACCUACCUCUCGAUAGCCCGCAAAGUGGCUGCCACAUUAUGCUAAGGGCUUACUUUUCAUUGAUGAGUUCUUGUAAUGAUUUUUCCAGGUCUUUGAGCAGAAGUAUCAUGAGUUAGAGCUAGUCUCUUGUGCUAAACUGCCAGCCACUUCUGUACUAUACAGUGUGCCUUGGGUGGAGUACAUAUCAGUCAGGUAAAGCCACCAGCAGCUCUGAGAGUAGGAGGCAAACAUACGUUGCCCCUGAGACUUCAGAGUGACUGUUUUGGAAUAAGGAGAGCUCUGAUCAGGACCCUAGUACUACUACUACUACUUCUACUCUCUCAGGUGUAUGUUUUUAUGUACUUGUGUAACUCUGCCAUCUCACAUGAACAUUUGCAGAGCAGGCUUCUUUUUCUCUCUCCCCUUUUAAUGAACGGGAGGCUUCCCUGUGAUUUUUUUUUUGCACUGGAUUAUGGAUUACAGAAUCUAGUAAACGUUGAUCAGUGAAUGAUUUUGCCAACCGAAUCUGUUCCCAGGUCAGUCUGAGCUCAGGUGCCCCUGUUUUAACGUGGCCUCACUUUACCAUUUCUACACGUUGUGAUUGAUUUUUGUAAUUGCAUUUGAAAAGGUUUUAUAAAUUCUUUAUGUAAUUGUUGAAAUGUACGAGUUUACGGUAUACACUGAUAUAAAUGUUUUUACUUGCUGGAGUUUGGUCACGGUCAUCUACAGCUUGUUUGUUUUAGCAGGUUGUUGGAGCCUCUGUGUCUUAGGCCUCAAAGCACUACUGGAAACUGUCAAAUCAUCGUUCAUUAAAUUGGAAAGGUUUGUCUGAACCUCUAA